AUGACCGAUCCCAGUAGGAGAACACGACAAGCAUGUGUCAAUUGCAGACGAAAGAAAUCUAAAUGUCCAGGCGAGAAACCGCAAUGUUCGAUUUGUAAGAGGUUGGACCAGGUGUGUAGCUAUGAGACUUUGGACCUUCCGCCGAGGAAACGUCAGAGGCUUGAUGCGGACAACGUGGCUCCGAACGGGGAUGAGGUUUCAAGGAGAUUUGGAUCUAUUGAACAGAAAUUGGAAGAACUGGCGGCUUCUGUGCAAAGAGCUCCGCCGUCUUCAAGGACUGCCUCUGCUGCCGCUCUCAAUCCCGCUGUGAGCGAUGUGCCAUUAGGACGAGUACCAUCCAGUUUAGGUCUAACUUCCUCCAAUGGCUUUGCGUCUCAGUCUCAGCAGAGUGUACCAGCUGUGCAGCCACAAAAAUCAAGAAAUUUUGGAGGAACCGAGACAUUGCCCCCGGAUGUAGUAGAGGACGGGAUCAUGACAUAUUUCAAAUACUUUCAUGGUCAACCGUAUAGCUUACUGUGUCAGAAAUCACUGAUUGGCGCACAUCAACCCCUCAGCCCAGUUGUUCUCGAACCGAUGCUGGCCCUCACUAUUCGCUGUUCUUCUCAUCCGUUCUGGGCUGAUCGAGAGAAGUCAAAAUUCUGGAUCGAAUGUUGGACGGAGAAAUCGUGGCGCGAUCUCCUUCAUAUGUAUGGAGAGGGAAAUACUGGCCUACAUUACUUGCAAGGUCUGUGUUUGUUAGCACAAGUUGAUUUCGCUGAUGGACGUGUCCAACGAGCUCACACUCAAGUAUCCCUGGGUAUUCGCAUAGCACAAUCCGCAGGAUACCUGUUGAUCGACAGCGAUGAGGAACCAAAGGCAGGCUCAGAAGAAGCCGUCCGAUGUACAUGGACCUUGUUCAUGCUGGAUCGCACUUUUAGUUGUACUCGUGCAGUAUCACCUGUACUCAUCUACAAAGAUUUUCGCUUGCGCAAACCCGAGUCUGAAAGAGAGAGGUCGCUGAAAGCUGCGACUUCCAUCAUUGCUACUAAUGGUCGUGCAGCUGCUGAACAUCCAGACGAGGAUCAGGAUAUUGCGGCUCUCAUAAUUGGAGUUUAUACUAUGUGGGAUGAUGCUAUUCGAUAUGUCUUUGGUUCCACGAGUAAGAGCACAACGCCUCCUUGGCAGCCAGGUUCUGAACUUGCCACUAUCGAGUACAGGUUUGCUGAUUUUGAGCCCGAAUUUUCGACCCACCGGUAUCGUGAAGUCAACUUCCCUCGUCGAGCAAUUCAUGAACCCCUUCUGCGCCCAUAUUUCGCAUCAUGGCUUUGCUUUCAAUUGACAUACAUGUCAAUACAAUGCUGCAUACACCAUCCCUUCAUCAUGUUCAUCAAGCUCAAGCAUGUCAUCCGAAAAGUGCCACCCAGUUUCUUACAGAAAUCAUACAAAAGCUCACUGAUCCAUUCUCGAUGGAUCAUCCGCUUUCUUGAUGAGAUGGACGAAGCAGGAAUGAUGUUGUAUGACCCGUUCAUCGGGUACCUGACUGCUAUUGCUGCUACUAUCCAACUUGAACAUACUCUUUCGAAGCAUGCAGAUGUUGCUGCUGCUGCUCGGUUGAGCUUCCGGAAUGCGAUACGGUUCUUGCGAAAGCUUUCUCAAUACUGGGAUAGUAUUCAUGAAUUGCUUGGAGUUGUCGAAGAACUUGCUGCUAGGCUAAGACACCGACAUACUCUCUAUUAUUCACAGGAUGAUUACGACGGCAUCUUGCCCGCCGUCGAAACAGAAAGGGUGGGAUUGGCAGAAGAUGAUGCCACUUUGAUGUGGAAGGUUUUUGACUACGCCUCAAUGUCUGCGUCUCCCAACAAGAGGCCUCGCCUGCAUGUCGAUACCUCCGUAAAUCUGGAAAAGAAUGGUCAACCAGAACUUACGACAGCAGCGCCCGAUACAGCCCAAAGACCAGGAACUUUCGACACCCCGAUCAGCACCGGCACCGCAAAUAUCCCCAUGAAUCCCACAGUGUUUCAGAACUUCACCAGACCUGAAGACAACCUGGAGAGUAUGGAUCUGUCUAUGUUCGAUCAACUUCCGGAAGACUGGGCAUUUACAAUCGAUGACUGGACUUUAUUCGGUGCUCCUGGAUCUACAUACUUCUACAACGAAACUUCUUGA